CGUUUGUUGUCUUAUGCAAAGUGAGCUGUAUUAUAAACCAUACAAGGAAUUAAAGUGGUUCACUCAACUCAAGGUAUACCAAAAGCUCUCUCAGUAUAUUAUAAAUUACUUCUCUGAAAAGCCUUUAGCUGCAAUAAGCUUAGAAUAAAAAUGGACGCACCCUCAUAUCAGGAGAUGACUUAUGUUGAACAUGUGCAACGCAGACACGAGGAAAAAGGAUGCAUUUAUGCUUGUUUGUUUGCAAUGUGUUGCUGCUUCUGUUGCUACGAGACUUGUGAGUGCUGUUUGGACAUGCUCUGCUGCAACUGUGCUUAAUUGAUGUCCUUCCUAGCCAUGUCAAUGCUAUGUAUGUUAUUGUUAAUUUGUUAGCAUCUAUCUCUGCUAACAUAAGUUCCAAAUAGAACUUGUUUCCCUCUUGUUAACUCCCUGUUUCUUCGGCACUCUUUUGUAUAUUUACAACUCUGAAGUUGAAUAAACUUGUUAUGUAAUUAAGCAGCUGAUUGGUUGUGCCAGUAGUAUUGGCACGCAGUCUCGCUUUCUGUGGGUAGUUAAUUUUUAUGACAAGCCGUUGUUUUCUUUCA